AGAGCACACCGCCCCCACAGGGCGAACGACCACUAGCUUAUCGCGAUACAACCCCUUGUGCUACGAACUUUGUUCAGUGCUAAUACGAAUUUUUCACAUGAAGUUUUACAACGCAUGAGUUCUCGCCGAAACUGAAAUUGGAUCUUUCAAAACAAUUAAAGGAAGCUCAAUUCAGAAAAAUGGGUAGCAGCGAAGGUCAACAGACGUUUUGCUUAAAAUGGAACCACCACAAGACAAAUUUAGUAGAGAUCCUAGAGGCGUUAAUAAAGGUAGAGACGUACGUCGACUGUACGCUUGUAGUUGACGAUCAAGUCACUUUUAAAGCUCACAGAGUUGUGUUGGCUGCAAACUCUCCAUAUUUCCAGUCAAUUCUGGCAGAUGUGCCCAUGGAUCACUGCAGUAUACUAUUUCCAGGUGUUAAAGAUUUUGAAAUGCGCGCGCUGCUUGAAUACAUGUAUACGGGUGAAGUAAAUGUCACCCAAGCGCAUAUUCCGAGAAUAAUGAAGGUAGCCGAGCAGCUGGAAGUUAAAGGUUUGUUCGAUAUGACGGAGCUGCGGCGCCGCCCGGGUAGCAGUGAGCGAACUCCUGCUGCCUCGCCUCCCAGAGUCGUGCCCGCUGCGCCAUCUAGCAUUUCGCCUCCGGUACAGAUCAACCGCUGGCCGCCUCCACCCACGGCACCUCUUCUCUCCGCAGCAUACGAUUCAGCGGAUAUGAACCCUUUAAAACGUAAAAAACUUUCAAGCAUGCUAGCCACUCGUGAUACUCCAAUUUUAAGAAAUGUUUUAGCCCAAAACACAUCAGUGGAUUCAUCUCAACCUAUUUCCCUUGUUUGUCAUCCCGUGAGUCAGCAUGAACCAACCCGCUUACAUUCCAAUGGCUCGGCACAUGAAUCUGAACGACCUGUGAGUCCUCAGCGUCCAUUUGAUUAUCGUCCUCGAAGAUUGUCAUCAAGAGCAUCGUCGCCUCAUUAUAAUCGUUCAGACCGGUCUGAAGAUGCUCACUCUCCCUACACAGAACGUUCAUUUGAAGAAGAAAAUCAACGCACUUUCCAUCCGUCAUCACCACCUACUAACUUUCAACAAGACGUAAGAGCCGGCUUAGCUCCAUACGUGCCACCUCAACAAAAGCCAGAAUGGAAGCGAUACAAGCAAUACACACGAUCAGAUAUAAUGUCAGCAAUUGAGUGCGUACGAAAUGGAAUGAGCGCAUUACAAGCUUCCCGUAAGUACGGAGUACCAUCACGUACAUUGUAUGAUAAAGUAAAGAAGCUUGGCAUUACAACAAGUCGACCAAUGAGUCGCGGUGUAAAGAGAGAAUCUAAUGGAGCUGCAUUUCCUUAUGGCUUAAGUGGUACGGGAGGUAAUGACGAUCACCCACCUACAACGCCACUCAUUGAUCCAUCAUUUCUCCAACAAGCUUUAGAAGGAGCAACAAGAGAUGGAGGCCGGGAAGCUCUUCACGCUAUGGCUCUCGCGGCAGCUGCUCAUGCAGCUUUAACACCACGAACUCCCCCAAGAUCAGCACCGCAGUCUCCCCGUUCCCCACAACACGAUGACGACCACGUUGAAGAUCUUUCACUGGCAAGACGUCGCGAUCCCGAUCCACCAUCUGGAGUGAUCGUUCCACCUCGUAACUUUGCUCUCGAUUGUAGCAGUGAAAGAGAUUGAAAAGUUAAAGGCAUUGUAUAAUACUGACAAGACUGAUAUAGGCGUACAAAGUUAGUUAAGACACUUAUUUGUAGACUAAACUGGUAGGAUGCGUCGCGCGCGAAUAGUAAUAAAUACAUCGACCGGGCGCUCCGGCCGGGCAAUUGCAAUGGGCCCUGUAGCCACUUAUCUUCUACCUCUUUUCUAUUCUAUUUAUUUUCUAACGCCAUUUAACCGAACAACGAAAUCAAAUUUCCGUUAGGCGGUAUGGCGGUGUCUUGUGAUUUUAUGUUUGUUUUUUUCUUCAGUAGUUUUUUUUUUAUGUUUUAUAACAUUUACGUCUCUGUUAAUAGAAUAGUCUAUAAGUUAGGAAUAACUAGUUUGUAAGGUUAUGUCAGUUGGAGCGGUAACCGUUAGGGCUAGGAAGGCAGCGCCGGCCUGGCCGUGCACCUCUGGUAGGUCCGCCUAGACGAGUUAUUGUGCAAUUUGUUGUCCGCGACUGUGAUGUUUAUAGACUGAAACGCCGCCAUUACCUCACGCUCGCUAUAGUUUUGACUCUAGUCCACGGCACCGCACGUUACAAACUUGGUUUAAUAAACUAAUAUGCAAUUUAUAGUUUGGAUCGUGCGACUGUGACGCUCAUUAUAGAUACAUUGAGUAGCGAUGUUUUACAUUUAAUAGUAAAUAUUCCCUAAGUUAAAGUUUAGAUAAAUAUAACAAUUGUUUGCAUUUUGCCAUAUCUGUUUAUUGUUAAAAGUUCAUCUUUGAAAGUAAUUGAUUUGCACAAGCACGGUCGUUCUUAUUAGUAUUAGGAAUUUCAUAUUAGCUAAGAAUGCUCAAUGUAUGUAUUUAUAUGAAACAAUAAUUUGCAAUACCGUUGAAUACGUAAUUAAAUACCUUAUUAUUAUUCGUAGGUGUUAAUGUGGUUGCAGAUUUGUUACAUUGUAGUUAUUAGAUGGUUCGGCGUACCUUGUGAAUAGUUGUAUCUUAUAAACACUGAACUUUAAUAAAUCUUCCUCAAUACAUUUUGGAAGAUAUCAUUAUAAUAUUUAUUUAUUAAAUCUGUUGUACGUCAAACAUUGUGUUCAAGUAAAAUAUUUAAUGUUAAUUCUGUCACUAUUAUUUAAGUUAAAUAUAUUAUGUACCAACUAAGUAUAAUUACUUAUUAUUUUAUAAUUUUUGGAAGACUGAUUUGUUACUUUAGUCUAGUUUGACAAUGCCAUAGAUACGUUUUAUAAAUGUUUGCAUAUUGUUUAAAUUAGGGUGAUCACGUUUUGAGUGUGUAGACACUAAAAUAUCACGAUUUUGUGCCUUGUUUGUUGAUAUCGAGAUGUUUUGUGGACAUUCCAGUAGAUUCACUUUGUGCUGUUUUUUAUUAAAACACGAUUAAGGCACUUUUUUGUGAAUUUGUAGAUUUUAAAUUAAAUUAACAGAUUUAAAUAUACUACCUAGAAAUUAUUUUAAAUACCUAAUAGUUUCUCUUGUCGAAUUCCUAAUCAUUUUACCUCAUUUUAGCUUUUAUUGGAUAUUAUGUGAUUGUAAAAUAAUACUGUGCCUAUGAAUAUUAAUUAAGCUGGUGUAGUAAACAUCAUCUUUAGUUAAACUCAAGUCUUAAGUACUUUUAUAGUUGGUUAUGUAUAGUAUAAAUUCAAUUACUGAUUGUAGUUUAAAUCAAAUGGAGUUUGUUUACGUUGUAACUACAUUAUAAUAUUAAUAAGAACUCUAUCUAUAGGUAUUUACAAAUAAUAUAAUGUUAUAUAAAUACAAAAUAAACUUUUAAUUGAA